CCAAACCUCUCUUUGAUGAAUAUCACAAGACACCAUCAACAUCCUCCACUUCCCCACACUCAUGCAUGAAACUAUUCAAUUGAGUAUCUUUGCCUCCGCAAAAGGAAACUGAACAACAACUCAACCAACCCAACCCCAAUAAUUACUUUCCAUUUUUCUAGUUUCCUCCACUUCAAUUCUUUCCCAAAAAAACCUACCCAUAAUGUCGCCCGAUAAUAUUCUGGUGAAAUCAUCAUCCGUUUCUAAGAAAGAAGAUAACCAAAACCCUCAAAACAACCGUAAAUCAUCCUCAACAAGGCCACAGGAGCAAGCCCUCAAGUGUCCGAGAUGUGACUCGCCCAACACUAAAUUCUGCUACUACAAUAACUACAGUCUCACUCAACCAAGACAUUUUUGCAAGACUUGUAGGCGGUACUGGACCAGAGGCGGAGCCUUGCGCAACGUUCCCAUUGGUGGCGGUUGCCGCAAGAAUAAGAAGAUUAAGUCCUCUUCAAGGCUCUCCGGUGACUCUAAAGACUCUGGUUCAACUUCAGAGAUCGGUGGCUUGAAGUUCUUCCAUGGUCUCUCUCCAGCCAUGGAUUUUCAGCUCGGUGGGUUAUCAUUUCCAAGGAUGAACAUGAACUCUUCCGGACCUGGUAUUUGUACCCAAUUUUCUUCUUUCGGAGAUAAUACCAACCCUUGUUUCAGUCUCGAUCCGCCGGGAACCGCUGGUAAUAACUUGAUGGGAUUUAACUUUAAUCCACUUCCUUCCGUUACCAACAGCUUCAGCGGUGCAAUUCAAGAAAUAGGUUCGUUAACUGUUAACAGUAGUCUUGCUUCUUCAAUUGAGUCUUUGAGUUCUAUCAACCAAGAUUUGCACUGGAGGUUGCAGCAGCAAAGAUUGGCUAUGCUUUUUGGUGAAAAUCAGACUCAAAAAGAAAGAACUAUCCCUUCAGUUGCUCUUGGAAACCAGCCACAGAAACCACAACCCAUUUUGUUUCAGAACCUAGAGAUUUCAAAACCUGAGGUUACUGCUUGUGGUGUUGGAAAUAAUUCAAGGAAAGAAGGCGCUGGUGGUUCGGCUACAACUGAAUGGUUCUUUGGUACUUAUGCACCAAUGGGUGCUUCUUCCACUCCCACAAUAACCAGUAACGGUACCGGCAACGAUAACGGAAACAACUGGAAUGGUGUUCAAGCAUGGACAGAUUUGCAACAUUACAGUGCUCUACCCUAGAGGUAGACCCAAAAGGCUGAUGAACAAUUAGAUCAGGAAUUAACUGAUGAGUAAUAUUUGAUCAUAUAAUAUAUCAUUAAACUCAUUUAGGUAUAUGUUUAAUUGUCCUGUUAUUUUGGGUGCAAAGGAGCAUCAGAUAAUUUUUUUUUUUCUUUUGUUUUUAUAUUUUGUUUUAGGGAAGAUUUGUCGAACAAUAGUAUUCUUAAAUGUUGAUGUCAAUGCUAUUGUUUAUGUUUA